AUCUACACUCUUCAGCUGCCGGACAAAACUCAACAAUGGAAAGAGCAACACCUGUACGAAAGCCACCACACCUCCACCGUCUAUCUGCUGACGUGGACGGAGGUCCCGCCGGCGAACAACUUCCCCCUCCACUGCCGCCUCCGGCAAUGUCUCUCGCUCCGGCGAUCGUUCUCCACCACCGGCGACCAAUUCCCACAGUUUCGACGGUAAAUGUUUUGAUUGUUACACAACAACAAGCUAUUGAUUCAAGCGAAGAGCAUUAUUAAGGAAAGUGGCAAAUUUUCCAUUCUUUUUAUUUUUUCCAUUAUUACUCAGUUCUGUCUCAAUAUUACACGUAUUUGUUCUACCAAUUGUUGUCAAUUGCUAUCCUUGACUGGUGAGAGGAUUGCUGGUCUGCUACAGGGGCUAUAGUUAUUUUUCUGAAAAAAUAAAAAAAACAAUAGUGAGAACUUUUGAAAAAUAAAAAGUGUAUUCUGGAAUUUUUUUUAAUCACCCAGAAAUGUCGAGGCUAGUGGCACAUGAUUCCAAACUCGGGUUAAUGGACCCGCCCCUUUAGCAAUAGGCCACCAUAUUUGCUUGCAGAAUCUUUUUUUUAAUUAUUAUUAUUAUUAUUCGUCUUUUCCUCUUCUUGAGCCAGACCUCUCAAUAAGGUCUGCAUACACACUAGCCUUCCAGACCUACUAGUGAGAUUUUACUGGAUCAUUAUUAUUGUUAUAUUUAUUUAUUCAAGCCAUAAACCCAGGGUAUGCUGCCCUAUGGUGGUGGGUUUUGGCCAUCAAAAUUUAGUGGCAGGUAACCAAGCAAGCUAAUAUGAAUUUAGAGUUUCUGAUUAACCAGCUACUCCCUCCAUUUCGACUUUGAUGAUAUAGUUUGACUUAACAUGUUUUUUUCUAAUAUUAUUGUCGAGUCGAGGGUCUCCCGGAAACAGCCUCUCUACCCCUCCAGGGUAGGGAUAAGGUCUGCGUAUACUCUACGCUCCCCAGAUCCAACUAGUGGGAUUUUAUUGGGUGGUUGUUGUUGUAGUUUGACUUGACACAAAGUUUAAGGGAUAAAAAGAUAACUUUUGUGAAAUAUGUGGUGCUAAAAGCUUAGGGUGCAAAAGUUUAGUGGGUCAUGAUAUUUGUGUAGCUAUAAAAGCUUGUGUAGAAUAGAAAGUUUAAAGUUAAAUUUAUUUCUAAAUAUAGAAAUGUAUAAUUCUUUUUGGAACACUGGAAAAUGUGUCAUUUAAAUUGAAAAGGAGAGAGUAAUUAUUGAUUAAGCCAGUGAUUGUCAUCCCAUUUUUAUAAAGUCAAGUCUUUCUUUGUUUAAUAUAAAAUUAACUUGGUGGUAAUAUGAUUGCAGACACCAUUUCAAUCAGUCCAAGGUAUGCCAUCUUUCUUUGUCUUCCCACUUCUUUCUUUGACUUAUUAAUCUCUAAUCUCCAUUAAAACCAGCUAAGUGAAAGUACUAUAUAUAACCAACUUGAUUUGUAAUAUACUAACACCCAUGUGGUAUAAUAUUGUAUUUCCCUAAUUGAAGUUGUCAUCUCAUCCAAAUUAGUCAAAUCUUUAGUUCUUGUUUGCAAUUUACUUGGUAAUUUGUUUGCACAUACCAUUUGAGCUUUCAGGUCAUAAUUGGAAUAGAAUAGAUAUGGCUUAUGCUAGUAUUGCUUCUCUUAUGAGAAUGAUAGAACUACUCUUGACAUCCAAGUCGCCAAUGCAAUCUCUAAUUUGCGACCACAAAGAAGAAUUUCUCGCUCUUCAGAGAAAAGUUAGUUCCCUGGAAGUAUUUCUCAAGAAUUUUGACAAAAGCAAUGAUACUGAGAAAAUGGCAUAUUUGGAAGCGCAGAUAAAAGACGUCACAAAUGCUGUGGAACACACAAUUCAACUGACACUAACAGAAGCUGUAAUGGCAAAUGAUGAAAUGCAUAAAGAAAAGGAACAUAAGAGGCUUUUUGAUAGCCUAAAACAAGUAGCAGAGGACAUUGAUCAUGUCCAGAAUGAGUCACCAAACAUUCAAGAUUAUAAUACGGCGAGCCAUUAUCAAAGGAAAUGGUUGCUGGAAAAACUGACACAAUAUGAUGGCUCGUCUGAUCUCAAAGUCAUCUCGAUCAUCGGGAUGGGGGGCAUCGGUAAAACGACUUUAGCAAAAGAAGUUUACGAUUAUGAAUCAAUUCGAUUUCAUUAUGAUGUUCGUGCCUGGACUACUGUAUCUCAAAAGUAUAAUGUAAGAGAUAUCCUGGAAAGCCUUCUGCAUUCUGCAAUGGGUCGCAAAUUUUACAUGGAUGAUGAGUUAGAUCUAGCUGACAGGCUACGAAAAAGUUUAAUAGGUAAGAGAUAUUUAAUUGUCAUGGAUGACAUGUGGAGCAGUAACGCAUGGGAUGACGUGAGACAUUGCUUUCCAUGUAGGAACAAUAGGAGUCGAAUAUUGUUGACUACCCGUAACAAAAAAUUAGCUUAUUAUGCUGGUACAGAGAAUCUUUCUUUGCAGAUGGACCUCAUGGACCCAGAUGAGAGUUGGAACCUUGCAAAAAGUAUGGUGUUUGCAAAUGAAGCAUUACCGUAUGAGUUUGAGACUAUUGGGAAGCAAAUUGUAGAGUAUUGCACAGGGUUACCAUUAGCUAUUCUCGUGAUUUCUGGGCUUCUCUCCAGAUCUAAACGGACAAUCGAAGAUUGGGAAAAUAUUGCUGAAGAUGUCAUGUCAUUUGUCACAAAAGAUCCAUAUGAACGAUAUCGACAUGUGCUUGGGUUGUGUUACAAUCACUUAACCAGUGACCUAAAAGCAUGCCUUCUGUAUUUUGGGAUUUUUCCAGAAGACAGUGAGAUUUCGGUGAAGGGUUUGGUGAGAUGCUGGAUGGCUGAGGGCUUCUUGAAGUCAGAAAAAGACUUGGAAAAAGAGGCUGAAAAGUGCUUACAUGAUCUUAUCGACAGACAUCUAGUUCUUGUAUGCAAGAAAAGUUUGGAUGGCACAAAAAUUAGAUCAUGUAAGGUUCAUGAUCUAAUACAUGAGCUGUGCUUGAGAGAAUUAGCUCAAAGCCAAGACAUUUUUGUCAUGAAAGACAUUGUUUUUGAUAAAUCAUAUGAAGAUGAUGAUUUGGAUGAAGGUGAUGAUUCGGGUGGAGAUGGUGAUUCAGAUGCAAAAAAAGCUCAAAGCCAUGCUUUUUCUCCAGAAUGUCAUCAUCUCAGUACGCAUAAAAUGCAGCCCUUUAAGCGAUGGACUGAUGAUGGAAUGUGUUUGGCCCUUCUUACCCCCGAACAUGAUCAUUUGAUAAGCAGGCAGACAGAUGAUGAUGAUUACACUCUCUUAAAACGAACUCGUUCCAUUUUCUCUUUUUUGUUUAAUUCAACUUUUACUCUCAAUUCAGAGCUUAUUCAUUUUAGUUUACUUAGAAUCUUGGACUUGGUUACCACAGACUUAGAAAGUUUCCCUCCACAGAUACUAUGUCUCAUUUGGUUGAGGUACCUAGCAUUGUCCGGCAUCGGCGAGGAUUUUUACGUACCUCCAGAAAUUUACAGAUUAUGGAAUCUGCAAACACUCAUUGUUAAACGGGAUAGUCCUAGAUAUGUGACUUUUACGGAGAAAAUUUGGGAACUGAUGCAAUUAAGGCAGCUAAGACUACAUAAAUAUUAUUUGUCAAAUCCUCCAAGGGAAUCUGAUGACGAGGAGAGCUACUUGGCUUUUUCAAACAUACAUACUGUUUCUGGCUUGUCUCCAAGUAGUUGCAGAAAGGAGGUUAUUUCAGGGAUUCAGAAUGUUAAGAAGUUAGUAAUCUAUGGACAUGUCAGUGACUAUAAAGUCUUUCAAGAAUCUAGACUUUUCAACAAUCUUGUCCAUCUACAUCAACUUGAAACAUUGAGUCUUGCACUUGUUCGUAAGUGGGACUCAUCAGAAAACUGGCGGAUUUCACCAGCGACUAUUCCAAGUGCAAAAGCUUUUCCAGUAACACUCAGGAAGUUAAAGCUGGAGGAAACUUCUGUAAGGUGGGAGGACUUGAACAUUGUAGGUGAGUUGCCUAACCUUGAGGUGCUGAAGCUGAUGUGGAAUGCUUGUAUUGGCGAAGAAUGGUAUCCAAUUGAAGGAGGAUUUACUCGAUUGAAGCUUUUGCUAAUUGAGCAUUGUGAUCUCAAGUACUGGAAAGCCACAGAUGACAAUUUUCCCGUCCUUGAGCGCCUCUUGAUUAGAGAGUGCCAUAUGUUGGAAGAGAUACCCAUUGAGUUUGCAGAUAUUUACUCACUGCAACUCAUUGAGUUAACUGACUGUACAACCCCUAUCCCCACCACUUUCAUGGAUGAAGAACCAGAUCGGAAAAUGGUGAAAGGCCGAAGGAAGCAGUGAAAGUUUUCAUGUAAACUUAAUCUUUUACGCCGGAAAAUUUGUUCUCCCUCCCCACCUCAAAACCUGUAACGAAGGCCGAAGGAAGCACCGAAUCUUUUACGCCGAGAAAAUUUCGCCGGAUUCUUUGAGUUUUCUAUCUAAUGUCGGAUGCAACGCCACUCAACAGACUACCCAGAGGUUUAUCAGCAUCCAAAGUUGAUGAAA